UCAGAAGAACGGAAAUAAGGCACCGGGCUAUAUAUCUAGUUCUCAUACAGCCAGACCAAAUCAGGAAGAACAGAAGAGACAGGAACUGGUGGAGGGAAAGGAUUCAUUCUCCAUUUUCUGACAUCAAAAUGGACCGAAGUGUUGCGUCACGACUGCAAGGAUUGUUUCAGCAGCUGGAUAAGAUUGGUGGAAAGUCCACCAAAAGUCCAUUAUGUGGAGAGGACCUACAACAGUUACGAUACAUUACAUCCAAGAUAUUCCAAAUCCUAAACACACAAGAGAAAAUUCACCGGGAUAGUGUUUUAAAGAACAGUGGUUACAUUGAUGUUCUGCUGUCUACACUCAGGAAUUCCAGUGAUCGUACUGUCGUCCUGAAUGUGUUACAUUGCCUUAGUGAGCUGAUAGGGAAAACACAGGUAGGCAAGAGGACCAGUGUUCUGGUGAAUGCCAACACUACCAAUGUGCUGCUUGGGGCCAUCGUCAGGGAGACGGAGGAACAAGCUACAUGUGAUGAUUUACUACUCUGUGCCCACCAAGUCCUGGCCAAGCUGGCCCAGAAAGAUCGAAAGAUUGCCUUGAAAGCUAGACUUAAUCGUGCCUUACCCAUCACACUGAGUUUAAUCAAAAAUAACUCCUGUAACUUCAAGUACCUCCAGACCUACCUACAGGUGUUCAAAUAUUACACCAACAACAGUGUGAAUGCUUCCUACCUGGGUAAACACAAUGCCAUUCCUCCGAUGUUCCGAGUCAUACAGCAGUGUGGACGAAAACACAUUACCAUGCUUAAAUUGGCCCUUGAUAUCCUCAACAACCUCACAAAGUCUCGAAAUAAUGCCGCCCGUACAAUCGGUGGAGAACAUGUACCUCAUCUACUUGCCUUGUAUCAUGAAUGGCAUCAGAUGGACACAAAACAUCGCCAUGUGUCUGUCCGCAAGGGUAUCCUCAAUAUCAUCAAGAACAUCACGAAUCUCAAGUCUGGGAGGAAGGUUUUAGCUGAUGCCAAUGGUAUACAGAUCCUGUAUGAUAGCUCUCAGGAAGUGAUUGACUGUCGGGAGAUGGAGAGUCUGAUUCUCUUGGCAAGUGUCAUAAUGAGAAAGUGCUGUCCCAGGAACAAACUCCCUCUCAACAGCUUGAAGUGUCCUAUGUCAUUUGAACUUCCAGAGAGUGAUCUUUACCCGGAGUCUAGCAGACAAGAUUGCACAUCUAGUGUGUUUGGCUUCUCUGGGGAAUCACAAGACAGUGACAAUAGUUCUCUGGAGGACGAUGACGACAUUGACAGUGAUGAUGAACGCUUCAAAACCGACCCUCCAGAGGAGGUGGAGGAGGACCAAGGAAGGGCACCAGAACCCUUCAGACGUAUGGCUGAGGACCUGAGGAUGUAUGAUACUUUCUUCCCAGAGCUGUUUGAAAUUGAGGUGGAUGAUGAGGAUGAUGAGGUAGCACCACCAAACUCUAUCUACAUUCCCACAGGAACAUACGAGUCUUACCAAGGACUACCAACUAUGGGUGAGCGAGAGCUCUCCUGUCCAGCUGGAAUGUUCCGCAUGGCUAGUACCAUGAGUUACACCAGUUCUAAAAGUAGUGGCUACAGUUCACUACGCUGUGAAGGCUACCCAGAUCCUGUGGAGAGGUGUGACUCUGCCACAGCCAUCAACCUUAAAACAGGAACAAGUGUCUUCUCUUUAGAUCUACCUCAGUCAGUUCAGCCAAGCAAAAGUGCCCUAAAGAAACCGUCAAUGGUGCUUAAAUCAAAUACAACUCUGUCCAGUAAUAAAAAAUCUAAAAGUUCUAAAAAAUCUCAAAAGGACAAAAAAUCUUCUAAAAAGGUGAGUUGUUCUAGCUUGGCGAGUUCGAUGGCUUCGUCAAGUAUCCGUGAGAAUGUUGAAUUGGAAUCUGAGUUUGUGAACUCAUUGUGUAUCACUCCCGCACCUGUACGGGAGUCCGUGGAUGAUAUUGACCGUGUGCUGAUGAGCUCAAGUAGUGAGGAGGAGGACUUGGAGGGAUGUCUUCAUGACACUGUCGUUUUCCAGGAAAUAGGUCGUCUGACAAAAGGUGUCUACAGAUUUGAGAAGCUAGCAUAUCCAGAUCUUAUAGGAGCAAAAGGUGUACCGACAAACGAACCACUUUAUCACCGCAAGUUUGGAGUCCAAAGGGCCAAGGUGUUUGAGGACAUUGACAGAAUGAUUCACCCAGAGAAUAUAAUAGAUAGGGAUGUGUAUGACCUGGAUGCUCUAGUGAAGAGGACUGGGGCUGCCUAUACUAUACCUAACCAAAAUCUACUUAACAGGGACCCUAUGAGAGUAGGCAGCCAGCUUGAAGUGACAGCAGCCAAUUCUCUACAAUUUAAUUCUCAGUUUGAGAGCGGAAAUCUGCGCAAGGCUAUUUGGAUACGAGACUAUGAAUAUGACCUGAUACUGAACCCUGAUGUCAACACUAACCACCAUCACCAAUGGUUCUACUUUGAAGUCAGCAAUAUGGUGGCUGAUGUACCGUACAGAUUUAACAUUAUUAAUUGUGAGAAACUCAACAGCCAAUUUAACUUCGGUAUGAAACCUGUCAUGUUUUCUGUGUCUGAUGCUCUGGAUGGAAAACCUCACUGGUCACGUGUAGGAACAGAUAUCUGUUACUACAGAAACCAUUUUACACGGAGUGCCCAGGCUACGGGUGGAGUCAAGGGGAAAACAUACUAUACAACAACCUUCACAGUCAAAUUCAAACACAGCAAAGAUGUGUGUUACCUUGCCUACCAUUACCCAUAUACCUACACAACCCUACAGAGUCACCUGAGUGUUUGGGAGAGGAUAGUUGACAAUCGAACCAUUUUCUUCAGGAAACAGGACUUGUGUGAGACAAUGACUGGUAACAGUGUUCCUGUCCUGACCAUCACAGCCCAGCCAAAAACUUACAGUCGGGAACAUGUAGAAGAACUUAAAUCUAGACCGUACAUCUUCUUAUCCGGAAGAGUUCAUCCAGGAGAGAGUAACUCUAGUUGGGUUAUGAAAGGUACUAUAGACUACCUGUUGAGUAGGAAGCCUUCUGCCCAGCUCCUCAGAGAGACAUACAUUUUCAAGGUGGUUCCAAUGUUAAACCCAGAUGGUGUCAUCAAUGGAAAUCAUAGAUGUUCUGUGGCUGCAGAGGACCUUAACCGGCGUUGGGACAACCCCUGUCCUCGAUUACAUCCAACCAUCUACCACACCAAAGGCAUGCUUCAAUACAUGCAGAUGAUCAGCAAGAUUCCCCUGGUUUACUGCGACUAUCAUGGACAUUCUCGAAGAAAAAACAUAUUUUUGUAUGGCUGUAGUCCAAGUAUGUCAUGGAUUCCAAAUGACACACAAAACCCAGCUGUGACAGGAAACAGAGGGGAGGACAACAGCUUCAAGACUCUACCACGGAUACUACAUCUCACAUCAUCAGUAUUCUCCUGGCAGAACUGCAGCUUUGUAGUGGAAAAAGCCAAGGAAACAACUGCCAGAAUGGUUGUAUGGCGACAGAUAGGUGUCAUAAGAUCCUACACCAUGGAGAGCUCUUACUGCGGAAUAGAUAAGGAGGGAAAGUAUAAGGAUCAGCACAUCUCCACCACUAUGUUGGAGGAUAUGGGCCAGAAAUUCUGUGAGGCUUUGCUCAGAAUACGCUCCAGAUUUGGAGGUUAUGAUGUGGCAGCUUCCCUUCCUACCUCCAGUUCUUCACAACUCGACAUGGAGUCUGGUGCAGGAGCUCGACCUAGAAGGGAUCGGGAUGUUGGUGAUAAUAUGAUAGAUGAUGACAAUUUUGGAGGUGGAGAUGACAUUGAUGACAUGAAUGAGGAGUCAUCGCUUGAAGAUGACAUUUCACAAGAUGAUGAUGACAAUGUAUAUGAUGAAGACCCUAGUUGAAAUGGAUAAAGAAUACAUGAUGAAUAUUUCUUGAUUCCUGAGACUCAUGGUCAUGCCUCCCAUGUCGAUAUGUAACAACUCGGUGAGACUGGUCUUUUGUGUCAUGUCAAUGUCAUACAACACGGUGAAACAGGUCAUGUGUGUCUCAUGUCAGUGUGUACCAACUUGGUGAGACAGGUCAUGUGUGUCUCAUGUCAGUGUGUACCAACUUGGUGAGACAGGUCGUGUGUGUCUCAUGUCAGUGUGUAACAACUUGGUGAGACAGGUCGUGUGUGUCUCAUGUCAAUGUAACAUCUUGGUGAGACAGGUCGUGUGUGUCUCAUGUCAAUGUGUAACAACUUGGUGAGACAGGACAUGUGUGUCUCAUGUCAAUGUGUAACAACUUGGUGAGACAGGUCAUGUAUGUCUCAUGUCAGUGUGUAUCAAUUCGGUGAGACAGGUCAUGUGUGUCUCAUGUCAAUGUGUAACAACUUGGUGAGACAGGUCAUGUAUGUCUCAUGUCAAUGUGUAACAACUUGGUGAGACAGGUCGUGUAUGUCUCAUGUCAAUG